CUAAAGAUCUAUGUGAAUAUAAUACAGCACAAAAACCUUCUCAUAGUAAUAAAGAUCAAGUUUAUAGUCAAGUUUAUGAUUCUAACAACUCACAUCUGAAUCAAAUAUUAUUUCUUAAAAAUCAUGAUAAUCAUUUGGAUUAUAAUUGUGAUUUUAAUAAAAACUUUAAACUUAGUUUUUGUAAUAAUUGUCAUAGCCGCUAUACAUGUUUCAAAAAAAGUUUAAAAAAUACAAACAUCUUUUCAACUAGUGCUGAUACAAACCUCUCUCUAACCGGUGCUGAUACAAACCCCUCUCUAACCGAUGCUGAUACAAAUCCUUCUCCCACCAUGCUGAUACAAAUCUAUUUUCUAACUGGUGCUAAUACAAACUUCUCUUCAACUAGUACUAAUACAAAACCCUCUCCAAUCGAUUCUGAUUCUUUAACAAACUCUAGUUUAUCAAAUAGUGACUUAGAUUUUGUUAAUAAUGUAAAUUUUUUAACUAACUAUAUAUUAUCAGGUAAUAGCUCAGAUCUGCAUUUAGAUAAUAGUUCAGAUCUGUAUUUGGAACUACAAGCUAAGGUCAUUAUUAAUGUUAAAAAUUUUAUGCUAACGCCUGCAAAAUGGUUUAAAUUUUAUUUAAAUGGAUUUGAUAUGUUUUAUAAUGAUCUUAUAAAACAUAUUCGUAAAUAUCAUAAUAACAAAAUUGAUAAAAAUAAUAUAGAAAUUUCUUAUAAAGUAAACGGACGAGAUCAUGCGAUAGCAUUAGAUGAAGAAUAUGAUUAUGAUGUAUUCAUUACUGAGUGCAAAAAUCUAAGUUCAAAAAAAUUCAUGGAAUUACUUGAAGAAGAUAGCGAUUCUAAUAAAGAAACAUCAAAAAAAAAAUCUAAAAAAUUAAAAACUAAAUAUACACUAAAGGAAUCUGUUCUUGCUUCUAAUGAGAUCAAAUUAGCUAAUAUCAUUUUACAGAUUCGAACCAAAUAUCAAUACCAUAUUCAUCCUAUACCUUGUUAUAUUGAAGAUAAUAAGCAUCUUCAAUUAACGCCUUCACGCUUGCACUUAUAG